AUGCUCCCCUAUUCGCCUUGUGCCACUACUUCCCUAUUUUUUACUCUUCUUCACCCCUUCCUCGAGGAGGAAGAGGAGGAGGAGGAGGAGGAGGAGGAGGAGGAGGAGGAGGAGGAGGAGGAGGGGUGCGAGGGGGGCGAGGGGGGCGAGGGGGGCGAGGGAAGCGAGGGAGGCGAGGGGGGCGAGGGGGGCGAGGGGAGCAAGGGGGGCGAGGGGGGCGAGGGGGGGGAGGGGGGGGAGGGGGGGGAGGAGGAUGGGGAGGGGAGGGGAGGGGAGGGGAGAGGGGGGAAGGGGGGAGAGGAGGGGGAGGAGGCGGGGGAGGAGGGGUAG